AUGGAUUAUAGUGCUCAAUUUCGUCGUGCUGAUACAAAUCGUAAUGGAAAAGUAGAUCAACAAGAAUUUCGAUCAUUCUGUGGACCUAUUAAACAAACACAACCUGGAACAUUUACUAAAGAAGAUGAAGAAGCAUUUAAUAAUACACCUGUUGUUGAAUCUUAUACUUAUGAAAUUGGUCUUGAUGUUGCUUGGUAUGGUUUUGUAGAAGAUCCAUAUAAAUAUGAACAAUAUUCAGCUGGUCUUCAUAUUAUUAAUGAACAUUCGUAUCCUCUUGGAAUCGAUGUUGCAUAUGGUGCACCAGAUAAUGCACAUAAAUGGAAACAAUAUGAUCCUGCUGGUUCAAUGUUUUAUUUUGCUGAUAUGAAUCAUGAUAUGCAACUUGAUGAAAUUGAAUUCAAUUAUUUAAUGCGUUCUAUUUAA